UCAUUGUGAUGCACCAGACUUUACUGAUACACGGCCCCAAAUCACAUUUUCAGACACAGACCGAGUGACGAGGGAUUAAAAUGCAUACCAUUUGUUUAAAAUCCUUAGCAGUUUUUAAUGCACCUUUACAUAUGUCAUAAUUCCAUACAAGUAUUUAAUAGAACAUCAGAGCACUUUUCUGUCCUGACAAAUGUAAUUAUCUUGCUUUAAAAAAAUCCCUUUCCGUGUCCUAGCCGGGCCACGUGUGGUGCAAAUUGCGCAAUAUCGAUGAGCAAUUUGCAUCACAGAUUUGAAUUUCAACCAAUCAGAAGGCUUUCAGAACUCGACAGCGGAGGAAGCCAUAUUGCAUUUGGGAUGUUGUGCGCAGUUCAUGCUGUAGUAGAUGUUUGUAAUAUACAUUAAAUUUGUGUAGAUGAGGGUAGUGCAAAUAGAAUUGUACUAAAUCCCAGUUUACACCUCAGUGGUGCAAAUAGCCUUUUUGCGCCACCGUCUUGACUGGUAGAAAAUGAAAACAAAGCGAGUGCUAAAGUGAGAAAAUGGUGAAUUCUUGCGUGGUAUUGGGGUGCACAAACCGUGUCAAUGCAGAAAAUAAGUCAGUCAGGUUUUAUGACAUCCCGAGAGUCAUUACACAUCAAGGAGAAAGGACCAUGGAGCUUUCUAGCGAGCGACGCCAGCUGUGGUUAGCUCGGAUCAACAGAGAAAACUUCAAGCCUGACCCGAAGAAACGGCAUCAAAAAGUCUGCUCUGUGCAUUUCAUCUCAGGAAAUAGAGCUAACCUCUAUGAUAUUACCAAUCCCGACUGGGCACCAUCUUUGCACCUUGAACCUUCAGAACCCAAAUCACCACUUAACAGCAAGAAGCAGCACAAGUGUGUCCAAGCACGGAAGGCGUACGAGAAGUACAACGGAGCUGAGAGUGUCCUGAGUCUGCAGAAGACUACUGGUGCAGAAGACAGCAAUGAGGAAGAUAUGGAUAUUGAUAGCAGUUGCACUACUUGUCCAUGCUGCACAUUCCAGCUCCAAGGACCACUUAAGAGUGUGCCAAAGUCUGCUGAACAGCAAGUGGCCAGAUGUUCAACUGCUGGGAAAGUGAUGUCUUCAGUCAGGAAGCGAACAUCUGAAAUCCCAGGUGGUGCCCACCAGAUUAAGGCAUUUCAAAUGGCUGAAUCCUAUAACACGGACAGGCUGAAGCAUCUGGUGAAAGGGGAAUGUGCAAGUAUAGAAUUUUAUGAAGUUGAAUGCACAAAGCCUACAGAAGUGGAGAGCCCAAGCGUGGAAGAGGAUAUGAGCGAGGAAGAAGGCGUAUACAUAAUUGAAUAUUCCAAUGCAGAAGAGGAGGGCAAAAGUUACCAGUUCACCAUGUCUGUCGACGAGUCACUGCCAGCCCAGCAUCACACGAUUAAACAUCCUGUCACACGGAAUGCGCCUGUGACGUCACGGCCAAAUGAAGUCAGGAUGGAGAAGAUGAGAAUGGAAAGCAUAGUGACAUCCAAUAGCAACAAGAGUUUGUCCCAGUCUGCACCAUGUGCGGGUGCAAACGGUGAGGUCGGGGCGAGCGUCAUGAGCUCAGCUCAGAGAUACGUCUGCACUCUGUGUCCACCACCCGGGAGGCUCUUCUGGAGGGCGUCGGGUUUGGCCGUACAUGUGAAACACAUUCACACCAAAGUGGAGAAGACCUUUUUCUGUACCAAGUGCAAGAAGUCGGUCCGCAGCCAGAUUGAAUUUGAUGCUCACACGCGUCGUCACGCCAAAAGGGACGCUGUGUUCACGUGCACCCUCUGCGCUUCAGAGACUGGCAGCAAAACGGAAACAGGACCACCAGGGUUUAAAGGCUCAAAGGUAGGCUUAAAAAGACACCUGGAGAGAGAGCACCCCGGGGUCAUCCCGCGCUGCCACAUCUGUAACAAGAGCUUCAAGUCUCUGUUGAGGUACUUGGAUGAUCAGUUCAGGCACGUUGGUGUCUCACCUUACUACUGCGCCGAGUGCAAGAUUUAUGAACUGACUGAGAGGGGCCUCAGUGUGCACAUGAAAAACCACUGGAUGAAGAGCGCCGAGGUGAGUGAAGCUGCUGGGACCCGCCCACUGUCUAGUCCAGAGGACUCUGCAACAGACGACUCUGACUUCUAACAUCUUCGAUCAGACCAUCAGGCAGGUUUUAUAUUAAAGCUAAAAAAAAAAAAAAAAAA